AUGGGAAAAAGCUUUAUGCGUGAAGAGCUUGAAGCGCUCGAAGACAACGGCUUGUGGAGCUUCAUUAAGCGGCCACCCAGCAGCAACGAGCUACAGACCGUGUGUGUAUUCAAGACAAAGACUGAAGCGCACGGCGACCUCGAGCGACUCAAGGCUCGACUUAUUGCGUGUGAAAACGAGCAGGUCUAUGGUAUCGACUACCAGCUCACCUCCGCGGCAGUCAUGGACAUGUCCACGGUGAAGGUGCUUUUGGCUCUGUAG